CCUGUUUGAUCUCACUCCCCUCUCUUUUGCUUCUUCUAUGUCGACGGCGCGCAAGAAGGCCGGCUGGCUCACCAAGCAGGGCGGCAGCAACAAGGGCUGGAAGCGCCGCUGGUGCGUCUUUGAGAACAACUGCCUCGCCUACUUCAAGUCAGAGCAGGAUCGCGAAUACGCAGGAAUUGUGUAUGUGGAGGAUAUGCGCUCGAUUACCAUCGAUCAGGAAGAGUCGCGCAAGGACAAUCGCUACCCGUACUGCUUCCGAGUGGAUACGCCCGAUCGCGCGUACAUGUUUUGUGCCGAGUCUGCAGCCGACAUGGACGACUGGAUUAGCAUGUUCAAGUCUGUCUGGCAAGAGGAGCCGCGCUAUCUCACGGGAACACUGCAGUUUGCCACGGCGGAGUGCUUUGUCGACAGCGGCUUGCGAAUCAACGGCGCCGUCGAGGCGUCCGUCCUGUCCGUGUUCAGCGAGGGCAUUACUCCCAAGCAAAAGCGCAAAGACGAGCGUGGAUGGUUUAUCGACAAGCAAGUGUCAGUGACUACCGUCCUCGCUACCAUGUCUCAGUUUGGUUGGACGCUCUCCAACUCGCUCAAGACACAGGCCGUGCUGGACAACAAAAACCAUCCCGUCAACAUGCUGGUGUUUACUCGACCAUUCCGGGCGCCCGAAGCGUAAAAACAAGAAAAAACAAACAAAAAAAAAUUGUUGCUGGUGUGUGGAUGUGUGUAUUGUCGUUGUUGAUUCUUGUGGUGUAUAUGAGGACAGCCAUCAUCAUUCU